AAAAGGGAGAACAAAAAAGGAGUCCAGAGCAAAAAUGGGAAUUCAAUUCAGAAACCUUAACCAAAAAAGAACAGACUACGGAGUUAGAAGAAGCCAACACUACUCCGUAAAUGCUUGUUCCUUAUUCUUGCUUUUAUCUCUUCUCCAUCUCUUCUCUGUCUGCCUCUACCACCACCACCACCACCCAUCAACAAAACAAUAGUCAUGGGCAGGGUACAGGCGGAAGAAAACCAAUAGUCACCAGGCACUGCGACGACAUUGAGUCCCU